CCAACUAUACAAAAAGUUUGUGAGGAACUUUUCUACUAUCGCCGCUCCCCUGCGCCGGUUGCUUAAGAAAGAAGCAAUCUGGCAAUGGGACAAAGAUUGUACGUCUGCGCUAAAGAAAUUGAAGCGCGUGUUAAUAGAGUACCCUGUCCUCAAAGUAGCUGAUCCGUCUUUGCCAUUUGUCGUCACCACGGACGCAAGUCAGUACGGGAUAGGCGCCGUGUUGCAGCAAGAUGACGACAAUGGCUACAGACCCGUAGAGUUCAUGUCAGCGAGGAUGCCUUUAGAGAAGGUUGCUACCUCGACGUACGAGAGAGAACUCUACGCUCUCAGCCAGGCUUUAGAGCAUUGGAAGCAGUACCUGCUUGGGAGGCACUUCAAAGUGUAUUCUGACCACGAGACUCUUAGAUGGUUAAAGACCCAGGCCAAUAUGACACCGAAGCUGACUAGGUGGGCCGCAGAGAUAGACCAAUAUGACUUUGAGCUUAAACCAGUAAAGGGCAAGUACAACGUAGUUGCGGACGCUCUGAGUAGGAUAUUAGACUACUUUGGAGCCAUAGUACACUAUCUGGAUAUAGGGAGAGACCUGCAGGAGAAGGUGAAGCAAGUGUAUGUGCAGGACCCUAUCUAUAGCGACCUCCUAAAGAGAGUCAGAGAGGCUCUAGAGACUGAGCCAGAUUACCGCACUACGGACGGGUUGUUGUUUGAGAAGACUAACGUAUUUGACCGCUCGUGCGUUCCCAACAACGAAGAGAUCCGUAGUCUGAUCCUAGGGGAAUGCCAUGAUCCAGAGGGACAUUUCAGGGCUAUUGAAAGUGUGUCACCUCUGGGACGGGGUUAUGAAGAAGGCGACCGCUAUGGCUAUGGAUACGGGAAGUCACGUGAUGACGAACCUCGGCAUCCCAGUGGGAGAUUGGCAGCAGUCCAAGCAGAGCACAAGCAAAAAGAAGAAACACAAGCAAAGAGGAUCCAGGAAUUGGAAACCGAGAUAAGUAAUCUGACCAGUGAGCGGUUAGCACUGCAAAAGAGGCUUGAGGAAUCGAAAGUGCAUGUGGUGAGAGUCAAGGAAUUAGAGACUGCGGUACACGAUUUGGAAGUGAGACUUGGGGUGUGCAGAUCAGAUCAUGAACAAAAAGAAGGAAUACAAACAAAGAGGAUCGUGGAGUUGGAAACUGAGGUAUGCAAUCUGACCAGCGAGCGAUUAGCACUAACAAAGACGCUUGAGGAAUCGAAAGCUCAUGCGAUGAGAGUCAAGCAAUUAGAUACUGAGGUACACAAUCUGGAAGUGAGACUCGGGUUGUGCAGAUCAGAGCACGAACAAAAAGCAGGAAUACAAGCAAAGAGGAUCAAGCAACUGGAGACUGAGAUAAGCAAACUGACCAUCGAGAGGUUAGCAGUGCAAGAGCGUCUUGAUGAAUCCAAUGCCAAGGUUCGGGAGUUGGAAUCUAUCUUGGAGAGGAAGGUUGGCAAGCAGGAAGCAUCAGAGAGAGCUCAUGGAAUGUCAAUAAGCAGCCCGAGAGCAGAAAUUCACCGUUCAUUCCGUGAAUAUUCCUCGAGAGAAGUUAAGGCUGCAACAGACAACUUUGGUGACAACUCUAAGCUUGAAGAACGACAACAUGGAGAUCUUUACGUAGGCAAGAUGACGACUGUUACAGUGAAGAGACUAAGGGCUGACAGGACAAUAGGUGGUCAACAGUUCAAACUGACGAAGGAGGUAGUGGACAGGUUGAAAUCCCUUCAGCACCCACAUUUGCAGACUCUCCUCGGAGUGUGUUACGAAGAGAACUGCUUGGUGUAUGAACAUAUGGCCAAAGGUAAUGUCAAAGACUGGAUGUCAUGUGGAGAAGGUCAACCAAGGAAGUUCCUCCCAUGGUAUACACGCUUGAGGAUCGUGGUGGAGGUUGCCCGGGCUCUGUCCUUUCUUCACUCCAAUCACUCCAUGGGAGGUGGUCCCAUCAUCCACCGCGCCAUCAAGCCAGAAAACAUUUCUCUGGAUGACAACUUUGGGGCUAAACUCAGUGAUGUUGAUGUCGCCUUGCUUUCCCCAGACCUCCCUAAGAGAAAGCAAGCAUUGCCAAGGGAAAUGAGGGCAUCCCUUGGGAGUACUUUUCACUACAUAGCUCCAGAAUACUUCCGCACUGGCAUCUUCAAUGAGAACACUGACAUCUACUCAUUUGGUAUCACCAUCCUAGAGAUGCUCUCCGGUAACUUUGAGGAUGCAUUCGAUUUGGGAAUUAUAGAAGAGGCAGUGGAAAAUGCUACGGAGUUCAGCAAUGUUCUGGACCCAAACGCAGGGAGUUGGGACAUUUAUCUCGCACUUGAAGCAGCACGCUUGGGACUACUUUCAGGCAUCGAUUGCUUCGAGGAGGAGGAGGAGGAGAACUACGAACAACAUGGAGGUGGAGGAGGAGGAGAAGGACAACUACGACGAGGAUGGGACAGGGAGGUUGCAAUGGCGGACAGAGGAGGAGCAGUGGUAGGACGAGGAGGAAGGCGGAAGAGGAUGGGCGAGCAGGGAGCUCUGAUGCAAGAGGAGGAACAGAAGGCCACAGUCGUGAAGGAGGAUGAUGGAGGAACACGAGGAAGAGGAAGACGCUGCGAUGGAGGAGGGAUAAAGAGGAGGCGGCGACUAUGAUGGGGGAGGGAGAGGAAGCUACAAUGUAGAGGAGGGGGAGCACGAGGAGGAGUAGGUACGAGGGAGAACGAACGCAAAAAGACCGCCAAUACAUUUCCCGGGUGCUAGUUUUUUUUCUUUGAUUUUUGAAAAUCCGAUCGGUCCAAUGCAGUCGUAACACACGUGCCCGUUGUGUUUGAGGGAAGACGUUAGGGGGAUGGAGGAGCAGGGGCCCAUCGAGGACAAUGAAGAGGAGAUGACAGC